CAUGUUUGUUUAUCUGAUCGCGACAAUUGCCGUCUGGCCACCAUUGUAAGCAGCAAGCUACUUCUACACGCUUGCCAAAGCUUUAUUUUCUCAUGCCUAGUAGAAGACGGCGAAGCAACAACCUAUUUUUUGAAGCCUACUGCGUCUUUCUUCGCUACCCCAGAACAAUCGCUGUAAUUUUUUCCUUGCUUAAUCCGAGCACUUCAUUCCAGCUACGCUCAGAUCAAAGGAUCAGGCUUCCUGCCAUGGGUCUCGCGGCGUCGACCCCGAAACAAGAGAAGAGAAGUGAACCAGAACAAGCUCCAGAAACGAAACAGAUCAAACGAAGACAUAAGACCGAGGAAUGGAAAAUAGCCGUUGAUACGUUUGCAAAGCAAGUUCUGGAUCCCUCCUAUCUUCACCUCCCAGUUCGAGCGAGUACUAUGGAGGCAGCGUCCUUUUAUCCGUCGGAAAACAACGAGCAAGCAUGCUUGAUGCCCGGGACGCACAAGCAUCUCGGUGGUGCGUACGAUGCUACGGAUGGUUGCAUUUACGGCAUUCCAGCGAGUGCAAAAGCCGUCAUGUGCUUGUACCCCGAUGGUGAUAAAUACAAGAUGACCACAAUUCCAUUACCGGAGGAUGCAGCAAAAACAACUUACAAAUGGUUGCGUGGAAUUUUCGCAGAUGGCUAUCUCUGGGCGAUUCCGGCAUGGGCGGACUCUGUACUCUGCGUUGACGUGGAUGCUUUCUGGGGACGACGUCCAGCUUCUGGCGAGGUUGUCCAAUUGAUUCCUCUUCCAGAUGAACACCCUAAGGAUAUGCGGUGGCAGUGGCACGGUGCUGGGAUGAAUAGAGAAAAGACGGCAAUCUACUGUAUUCCAUCCAAUGCCCAAAGAGUGCUCCGGGUCGACUUACGAAUGAAGACUACUUCGCUGAUACCAAUCGAGUACAAUCCUGACAAAUACCCGAACUUUCGAAUUGAAUUGGCAAACAAGUGGUACGGUGGUAUUCUUGGGGAAGAUAAUGCUGUUUAUGGAGUAUGCUAUCGCAGUUGCGCCGUUUUACGAAUCGACUGCGAAUCUGAUACCGCAUCACUUGUUGGCCCCGAUUACGGAUGUGCAGGAUACAACUGGCAUGGUGGAGUCAAGACAAAUGGAAAGAUAUACGCGCAUCCCUCACACGCACCCGAUUCAGUGUUGGUUAUCAACACCAAUCCCGACGAUCACAAAGAGGACCCAUGCUCGGAACUGCCAAUCAAACGCGCCGAAUACGACAAAGACAUCAGAAUAAAUUACAAAUGGCUCGGUGGGGCCAUAGGGGCAGAUGGCAAUAUUUACUGUCCUGCAUGCGAUACGUCCUCCGUACUCAAGAUUGAUACACAGACUGAAGAGUGCACAACUUUUGGGUUUGUGGGAACUUUGAAGAAUAAGUGGCAAGGUGGUAUUUUGGGUCGGGACGAUUGCAUAUACUGCAUACCUGCGUCCGGACACCAUGUUUUGCGUAUCUUUACUAGUCCAGACAUAGUUGGAGAGAAUCCGAUACAAUUAAUCGGGCAGAUGCCGGUGCACAAGGACAAAUGGCAAGGAGGCCACGUCGGAAAGGAUGGGGCUUUGUACUUCAUUCCUGAGAAUGGAUACCGUGUUUUGAAAGUUACGCCACCAAACGCGCCACCAAGUCUUGUCAAUGGAAAGCUGCCGGAAGGCGAUGUGAAAAUAGAAAUGAUGUAGGUGGUAGCGACUUCACUGCCAAUUUCUGGUGUAGAAUGCAAUCCACACCACUUGUUCCUCUGAUUAUAACACAAUAACAAAAGCAUGUGCUCCCAGCCACAACUACGGCCGAAAGCAAUACUUUCCCAUUUAAAGGAAUAAUAACAUCCAAGACAACUG